AUCACAUUAUACGUGAAUAUAACCAUUAGGCAUUGGUUACUAAGUUAGUGUUUAUGUGAAAUUGUAUUUGUUAUGUUAUAUUGAUGUCAAAACCCGUUGUAGUUUUAAUCUAUUUUUAUUAUUUUGCUAUCCAGAUAAAUGCGACUAAUAACAAAUAUACAGCUUUAAUAAGUAAUGGAGUUUGUGAAAUUAGUGUUUAUCAGAACAUGACGUUCCUGAAUGGAGAAAAGGAAGAAAGAUGCUCAAGGGUAAAUACCUCAGAAGGUUACGAGAAAUGCGCGUGUCGUACGUAUCGAAGUUUCCAGCCAAUAUUUGACAGUUGCAGCCAUUUUGAUGUGGAUGAUGGAGACACUUCGAAAGAGAAAUCUAAAAUUUCAGCAAGUUCAAGCUCCACAUCUCGACAGCGGAUCAGCAUUCGACUGCCUGGUUCUCUAUAUAGAAUCCAGUUUCGAUUUCAAAGGUGGCGAGAUGUAGCAUUACGUGGAAUAAAAGGCAUAGGAGCCCAAGCUCCUGGACCAUACCAUGAUAUUAAAGCAACAGAUGGAAGAACAGUCAUUGUCCACCUGUUUGAAUGGACAUGGUCAGCUGUUGCAGAUGAAUGUGAACGAUUUUUAGGACCUGCUGGAUAUGCAGGUGUUCAGAUAUCACCACCAAAUGAGCAUGCCAUUGUAAUGAGUCCCUACUGGAAUGUGAAAGUGAAACGUCCUUGGUAUGAAAGGUAUCGUCCAGUAAGUUAUCGGAUUGUAACCCGUAGUGGUGAAGAGGAGCAAUACGCUGAUAUGGUUCGUCGUUGUAAUAUAGCUGGUGUUAGAAUCUAUGUUGAUGUUGUUCUCAAUCACAUGUCUAGUUAUAUGGAUGAACAGAUCAGUUCAGGAGGGAGUUACUUUGACCCUAAAAUUCCUUUGUAUGAAAGUGUUCCUUAUGGUCCUCACCAUUUCAAUUCCAGGCGGAAGUGUGGUACUCGCAGUGGAAAUAUUGAAAACUUUCAAGAUGUUUGCCAGCUUCGAAACUGUCGCCUAUUGACACUAAAUGACCUCGAUCAGAGUGAAGAGCACGUUCGAGUCAAAAUGGUGGGGUACAUGAACCACAUGAUUGAGUUGGGAGUAGCAGGUUUCCGAAUUGAUGCUGCCAAACACAUGUGGCCAAGAGAUCUUCACAUUAUUUUUGACAGACUGAACAAUUUGACUACUGAAUUCUUUCUCCCAUCUACUCGACCUUUUAUAUAUCAGGAAGUUAUCGAUACAGGAGAUGACCCUAUAUCAGCAGGAGAAUACACGAGGCUUGGUCGAGUCACAGAGUUUAACUAUGGCAUUGUUGUAGGCCAAGUUUUAUUGAAGCAGAGGGGACUCAAAUUAUCUCAUCUGAAGACUUUUGGUCAAAGAUGGGGACUUCUACCUUCUCAUCAUGCUCUAGCAUUUGUGGAUAAUCAUGACAACCAACGAGGUCAUGGAUCUGGACAACAGUACCAUGUGCUGACUUUUCGAGAUGGACAGCUAUAUAAAAUGGGGGUGAUAUUUAUGCUAGCUUGGCCCUAUGGUGUUGCCCGUAUAAUGAGCAGCUAUUGGUGGGAUCAGGAUAUUCAAGAGGGUCAAGAUCAGAAUGACUGGGUAGGUCCUCCACAUGAUACAGCAUGGAAUAUCAGUCCUCCAGAGAUCAACCCUGAUGGAACAUGUACGAAUGGAUGGAUCUGUGAGCAUAGAUGGAUGGAGAUAUCAAACAUGGUUAUUUUUAGAAAUGUCGUUGCAAAUGAACCAGUCUUGAACUGGUGGGAUAAUGGGAAUCAUCAAAUAGCAUUUAGUCGUGGCAACAGUGGCUUUAUCGUCAUAAACAAUGACUCUACUGAUAUAGACAGAACAUUUUUUACCGGACUUCCACCAGGGAUGUACUGUGAUAUAAUUUCUGGGAAAGUCACUGCAGCAGGGUGUUCUGGUCAAACGGUCGAGGUGAAUGAAUCUGGAAUGUCACGUAUAGUGGUGUCUGUAGCCACCAAUGUUCCUGUGGUUGCUAUACAUCUACAGGCAAAACUUGUAUGAUGUCAUGAUGAAGUGAAAAUCUUCCAUGCUCAGGAACAGGAGAAAAUAUUUAAAAAAAAAAAGGUUUAUUGUGUCUUAUCCAUGUUACAAUUUACCAGUAAUCUACAGUGAAAUUUCACAUGGUUUAAACAAGAAUAUACCAAUAUAGUUUCCAUCAGAUACUGUGGUUGUACUGGACAUCCAUUUAUCCUGUAGCAUCAUGUAGUCAUUUAUGUACCUUCGUAAAGUACUUGUGCAAGAGUUUGUCAGUUAACUAUGAUGAUAUAAGUCGUUUAAGAGGAUCUGAUUUAACUACUACAGCAUGUAUAUAUAUAUUUGUAUAUAAUUAACAAAUAUUAUUAUUUGCUUAAAUGCCUUGAAGUUUGUUAAUCCAACUAAUGGAUACAUUUCAUCUUAUGAAGGCCAUUUUAAAUUAUAUAAAGAUCUCUAAAAGUGGUGUUGUACAUAACUUAUAAAAUGUUAACAAUGCUAUAACUAUACUGAGUUUAUUAGGAAAGUAAUUAAGAACACUUUAACAUGUUAUGAUAUACCUAUGGAAGUAACAAUAUCUUGUAUGAUUCUGCUGUAUACUCAGUUCUUUAAGUUAAAUAAAGUGAUGUCAUAACUCUUA